AUGGAUGAAGAUCUGGAAGAAUUUAAAAAGCUCAAUCCCGGGAUAUUGAUGGACCGUCGCAAUUCGGUGUGUGACGAAGGUAUCGUGCUAGACGGGAAAGAUCCGCCGAUCAAAACGUUUCCGAAGACUGCUGAACUGAAGAAAAUGCUGAAGGAAUCGGCUAGAGGUUUAUUCAUUUUCUCGGAACUGAGCGAUGCCGUGUUGAACACAAUUAUCGACUGUAUGUUCUCGAGGAACGUGAUCAAAGGCGAGAGGAUAAUCACGCAAGGCUAUCACUGCGAUCUUUUCUACAUCGUCGAAUCGGGGAUAUUCAACGAGUGGAUCAUUCAACCGAACGGAAAAAAGAUCCAUAUUGACACGUACGGCCCGGGCAGCUGCUUCGGCCAGAUAGCACUGAUGCACGGCAUUUUACGCAUGUCGACCGUCCGAGCGAAGUCCAACGGCGUCCUAUGGCAAUUGCAGCGCGGAAACUUCAAACAAAUCGUCCUUCGUUCCUCGUACAAAAAACGGCUGGCCUACGAUGUCAUCCUGAACACAGUGCCGGAGCUCGCCCAACUCGACCAAGACGACAAACUCAGAGUGGCCGACUCCUUAGAGAUGAAGUCCUUCCGUGACGGAGAUACGAUUCUGUCUCGUUCCUAUCCGUCGAAUGGGAUUUACUUCUCUCUACCAGAAGGCGUUGUGUUAACGGUCUACGACAAACCCGGCUCCGAGAAUUUCGUCGAGCUGAAAAUAGGGGACAUGUUCGGAGAAAGCUGCAUGAUGAACGUAGCUCCUCGGAAUAUAAACACCGUCUGUUCUUCAGGAUCUUCGGUUUUAGCCUUCCUGCCAAAGUCCUGUGUAGAAACUUUACUCGGCGACUGCUUGGAACUGAUCCUACAGCACACCCAAGUUAAAAUAAAACUUCAAAUGUCCGGUGCCGCACCCACAUUGUUCUAA